AUGGAACAAAAUCUAAAAUUGGGAAGAUGCGAAGAAAGUGAAAGGGUUGACGCGAGCUUAUAUAGACGUCUUGUUGGUCGUCUUCUUUAUCUCCAAGUGACUCGCCCGGAUCUAGCUUACUCAGUUAAUGUGCUUAGCCAAUUUGUCUCGGACCCGCGAGAGGAGCACAUGGAAGCGGCUCAUCGUGUGCUUCGAUAUCUUAAAACCACUCCCGGUCAGGGUAUUCUGCUACCUAAUAGCGGGGGAGAGGUCUUAUCGGGUUUUUGUGAUGCCGACUGGUUGGGCUGCCCCAUGACCCGACGGUCCAGAACCGGUUAUCUCCUUUCUUUGGGGGGUGCGCCCAUCUCUUGGAAGACUAAGAAACAAACUAUUGUGUCUCGAUCCUCUGUAGAGGCAGAAUAUAGAGCCAUGGCUAACACGGUGAGCGAAAUCCUUUGGGUCCGUUGGCUUCUCGCUGAACUGGGAGUGUGCCAAACUCUUGCCACCCCCCCCCUUUAUUGUGAUAAUCUGGUUGCCAAACAUAUUGCAAAUAAUCCCGUGUUUCAUGAACGAACAAAGCAUGUGGAGAUGGACUGUUAUUUUGUCCGGGAACGCGUGGAGUCCAAUGAAAUUGUUCCGAUCCAUGUUGAGUCAAAGAAACAGAUUGCUGAUCUCCUCACCAAGGCCCUCGGAACUUAA